AUGGCGCAGCCCACGCCCGACGAUGCGAAUGGCGUCUCGCUCCCCGACAGCCCUGCCAGCGGGCAGCUUGUUGCGUCGGGCAAGCGAAAGCGCGACAAUGGCGACGACACCGGCGACGGCAUGGAUGUCGACGUAGACAAGGUUCUUGACGACGGCCAGGACGACAAUCAGAGCGACAAGACACCAGAGCCGCAAGAGGACAAGGCCAAAAACAGGGAGCUUGUCAAGGCCUUCUUUGAGGCUCUGCGAAGUUUCGACAUCAGCCCCUCCAUCCUCGACCGCCCGCUACCGGCGCCAGAGCCGGCUUCUCAAGAUGAACCCCAGGCAAAGCGCCAGAAAUCGGUCGAGCCGCCCAUCAAACAGACCAUUGCCGACAAGGUGACGGCUGACGUCUACGCCUCCCUCGAUGCCAUCGCGGCGGACAUCUCCUCUGCCGUUCAAUCAUCGUUGUCUGAAAUGGACUCCUCCUCCUCGAACCCUGGUGCGAGAGCUAUGACUAUCAAGAGGGCGGCGCAGAUCAACGAAUUUUGGGAGAGAGCCUCGGACCUCGUCCGCCGCGAAAAAGCAUAUCCAAAAACGCGACAGGAGCCUGCAAACGGAGAGGCCGAGUCGCAUACUGCCUCGGAGAAGAGCGAAAUGGUUUUAUCGCUUGUCGGCUAUGCGCCUCAAGAAAGGCGCUUGUUUUCUAGUCUACCGCUAUCUAAAGAUGUCGACUUGUCCGACGUUAACCUCCCGCCGGGCGUGUCCAUCACCCGAGUUGUUCCAUCCAAUCCUCAGGACCGUACGCAAACUCUCGGCGAGCUGUUUGCUCCGCCGCGUCCUCUCCCGCCUCUUCAGCCGCCAAAGCAACCGAAAACACAGGCCAAGGGAAAUCGGUUGGAUUUCUAUCAUCCCCACUUGACCGACAGCUCCCGGUAUCGGGGCAAUUCGUACUUUAACACAAAACUGUCUACCGGAUACUAUCUAGACUACAGCCAGGCGACGCCUUCGUGGCAGACAAAGACGAAGCAGCAUGAACGUGCGCAAAGCCUUGCCGGUCGAAAACCCUCACUUUCCGAACUGGAAAUGUCGGAGAUGGAAACUCUUUUCCGAGGGGCCUUUUCCACAUUUGCACCGUGCAAGGAUGAUGCCGCUGCAGUAGUGCCGUCCAGCGUUGCCGGCCGGAUUUGGUGGCAGCGCAGCGGCAAGCAGAGCUUCCAGAGAAUGAUUGAGGUAGAAUAUUAUGGUGACCUCCAAGAGGCAGAACCCGUCGAGGAAACCCAAUCAAUGGAGGUGGACGAAUCAGCGGUGCAAGACGCAAUUGACAACUGGGAUGAGACAGUCAUUGAUCCCUCCCUAGAAGACAUCAUGGGAUCCAAGCACGACGAGCAGGACAAGGAGGCCGACGAAAUCCUUGAAGAGGUCAGCGAUUUAAUCGAGACUCUAGCCUCUUACCAGCGCAUCCGCAACCUGACGCUGCCCAACUCACAAAACCGCCAGUCCAGCGACCCUGUCAAUGGGGACAUGCUGGCCAAUGCCGGGCCUCAGCCUUCGGAAGAAGAACAUGCUACUUACUACAUGCUCAAGGCUCAAUUGGCACUCAUCAUCAAGACGCUUCCACCCUACGCAGUGGCCAAACUUAACGGCGACCAGCUAGACGAUCUCCUCAUCAGCACCAAGAUCAUGGUUCACACCGACCAAUACAAGGGCACGAUGGAUGAAGACGAGGCGAGCGCGCAGGCCCGACUCAAAGCGCAACAGCAGGCUGCCCAAGCGGCACAAGCCAACGUCAGACCUCCACAGCAACGUACGCCCAGUAUCUCCGCCGUUCCGUAUCCUAACCAGUAUGCGGCGGCGGCGGCGAACCAGUAUGUCACGCCGAAUCGGGCUGCACCCCCUCCGCCUCCUCAGUAUUACCGCCCUACACCAGCCCCCAACUACCAGCAGCCUCGCAACCUGGGGCCGCCAGCUCCUCACCAGCAAAGGCCACAGCCGAACCAGUAUACUCGUACCAAUGGCUAUCCUAACCAGUAUGCCACCCAGCUUGCCAAAGCCCAAACCCCAUACGGCCAUCAAAGCUUGCCGCAACAGUACACCUUCCAGCCAAACUACCAGCAUCAGCCAGCCUCGCCAGUGCCCCCAAACUACGGCGCCUACACGAAUAGUCCGGGUGCGAUCCCAGCCAGGACCAUGUCCCCUCAAAACCAGGGAUAUUCGGCUCCAACCCCAACCAUGGCCAGCCAGAUGAACAGGUUUCCAAGCGGCUCGAGCCAGACUGGGACCCACACCCAGAGUCCCGGCUUGACUGGAUACCAUACCGUCAUCCCUGAGGCUCAGCAACAGCGGAUACUGGACCAGGCCAAGGCUCGUGUGGCAGCCCAAGAGAGAUCAGCCAUGUUCACUGACAGGCUAUCGCAAGGUGGCGUCCCCUCGGGCCUCGCAGGCAUGGGAGUCGAUGCUAGUCGGCUCGCGGCCAUCCGGGCGACCGUGGCUAACCAGAACAAACCACAGACGCCCCCGCCUCCAAAGUCUGGAGUGAACGGUAAUUCAGGAACGGGACAUGUGCCUUACAAGGUGACUCCCGUGCCUGUGCCCGUCAUCCCUACUUUGCAGCGCAAACCGACUUCAUAA